CUUUUUCACGACAAUUAAUCCGACACCGUUUUCCCCAUUUCUUCUCGAAACCCCCAUCUCCCUCUCUGCCAUGCGAUUCUUCUGCAGCCGUUUGAUUUCAUCAGAUUCAAAAUAUUUGAUUGUUCAAAUAUGUCAUUUGGUCAGGAUGGAGAACGACGGCGGCGUAGACUGGAACAUGGAAGAAGAACAGUCCUCCGGCUAUGGCGAGAGCGGCGAAAAUAUCCGUCCCACCAUGCAAAAGGGCUACUGCACCAAUGUGGGGAAGAAGCUUCUCAUCACUAGCUUGGCCAUAUCUUCAGCUCCCUUAGUUCUUCCUCCUUUGGCGAUCAUCUCAUCCUUCGGAUUCGCCGCCUCAAUCACCUAUGGAGUCUUCUUGGCCUCCUACGUUUGCACUGAGAAGAUCAUGAGCGUUUGGCUUCCGAUUCCCCAACCACCAAUCGAAGAAAUAGUGGAGGACAACGGCUACCAAGAAGAUCAAGGAGAAGAUGGAGAAAAUGAGAUGGAAAUUACCAUCAAAAGAGAUGAGGUAAUUUCAGAUGAUCUGGAAAUCAAUGUGGUCGUUGUUCGAGAGGAUGAACCCGACACAGGGGGCGGAGAGGCGGCAACCAUUGAAGUGACAAGUGUGGAACUUGGAGGAAAUGGAGAGGGUGAUAUUGGGGAUCAUGAGGAAGAAGAGUUGAAAGAAACAAGGGGUUUGCUUGAAAGAAUGAGGGAUGAGGGAAGAAGAGGUGAUGAUAAUGUUGGGGAUCAGAUGGAAAUGAGUGAAGCCAACAAGGUUGCUCUUCAUCCUCAUGAUGUAGAGUAUGAAACUUCUAAAGCCUCAAGCAAGCCUGCCAAGUCUGAAGAAGCUGAACCAAUUUCUUUAGUGACAAUAAUUGAUGUGGUUGAAUCUGGGGAGGAUUUGGCUGUAUCAGCUGUGACAGUUGAAUCCAAACUACUUGAGCCAAAUGUUCCACAUAAUAAAGAUUACAAGCUAUCUUCCAAUGAGGAAAUAUCCAGCGAGUUAAAGAUAAGAGAGAAGAUUGAUUCGAUGAAGAAGAUCGUAGGAUACAAAGCCACCCCCCUUGGAACGUACAUAGAUGAAGUGAAUGCCCUUUACACCUUUGUCGGAGUCGAGCCACCGUCCCCCAUGAAAGAUUCUAACGAUGAUGAUCUCAAUCAGCUUAACCAGAAGUUGCAGUUUCUCAUGGCCAUUGUGGGGGUCAAGUAGAGGUCUUAAGGUUGGGAUUGAAUAAAUUGCAUUGUGCAUUUUUUUUUGCCAAUGUCACAAUAUUUCCUUAUGUUAAUCACACAGUUGGGUUUUGUAAAUUAUGUGUGUCAAUAUUUAGGAUCUUUUUCUUUUUCUUUGUAGUCAAUGGUUUUUUUUUUUUUUUUCAUUUUUCAUGAACAAGUUGGUUGGAUACCAAUAUUUCUGUUUCUUUUA